UUCAUUGGGAAAUAUAAUAUAUAACUAAAAAUGAAAAUAGUUAUUCUUGCAUUACUAGUAUGUGCAGUCUUCGGGGCUAGCAUGAUCCAAGAAGAUGGAAAGAUCAACUUUGAAGUUGACACUCAUCCAGAAUCCUCAAUCGGUUUCACCAUGAAAGGAAAGGUCAACCCACAAAACGACGAAGAUUCAAGCGUCGAGACCUUCUUCAGACUCGCUGAACAAUUGAUCCCACUUGCCCAAUCCAACUUGAAAGACAACAAGGAAGGAUCCAGUCUCCAAUUUUACAGAAGAUUCUGCUUCCUCGGAGGUGGACUCGGAGAUGCCAUCUCAAUCUGCGGAUAUGCCAAUGCUGAAUUGUGGAUCGGAUGGAGAGUCAACCACGACGGAGGACUCGGUCUCUACAACGUAACCUACACCCCAUUCUCCUACUUGCAAGGAGGAUUGAACGUAUCUGCUGCUUCCUACCCAGCUGAAGUUUCCUACGGAGGAUAUCUCCAAGUUUACAACUUGGAAGUACCAGUUAACUUCUUGAUUUCCGAAAGCCAGAUCUGUUGGGAUGGAGACUUCUUCCUCUACGCUACUCAGGCAUUCACUGCCAUCAAUACUAAUCUCUUGCAAUGCCAGAGAUCUAUCCCAGACAUGACCCCAUGGGACUGCGACAGAGUUCAGGGAGUUCAGUUCAGACACUUGACCUUCGACUUCUUCGAUGGAACCUUCAUCGACUUGUUGCCAAGAACCUGUAUCACCUUCUAGUUUGAUUCUUUGUUUUUGAAAAUCU